CACAAGAAAUGCGCUGGGUUUGCCUAAUAUUAUUUUGACGUUAAAGUGGUUCACAUGUCGGUAACAUGAAAACAUAGUCAGUUGAUGAUCCGUAAACUUGUCAAGUUUAGACGUGUUAGUAGAGCAAGAGAUAGGAUAAUGUCUCUUGUUACUGAUUCAGUCACUGUCCAGGCAAUGGUUCUAAAUAAUUUAUCUGCUGUUGUUAGAAUAGCCACCGAUGAAGUCUUGAUAAAUCAAGAGUAUCCAGAUUCAGUUGAAAAAGCCCUCUUAUUUUCCUUAAAAUGUUUAUUGAGCAAGCACAAGUGCACUGACCAUUUUGUCUAUAAUUUAUAUGCAGAAAGUCCUGAACCUUUGUUUAAGCUGCAGUCGAACGAGUCUAGUAACGGAUUACAACAGUAUCAGGAAUUUCCAAUGUUUCCGGGGAAUUUAUCGUUGUUCCAUAUAAUUAAUACAUUUGUGUAUACUUUGUCAUCAAAAGAUAUUCUUGCUUUAGAUAAAGCAUUAAAGUUCGGCCGUGAAGGUUAUUAUUGUCUUGUGAAAAAUCCAUCCAGUUUUCCGAAAUCAGUGAAUUUCCAAAAUGACUUAGUGGAACUUUCUGAUUGUGUACAUAGUUCCGAACAACCUGAGGAAUCAAUGGAGAAAUGCAAUAAAUGUGUCAUUCGUAAUUUUCGUCCAUUAUAUCGAUGUUCGAGGUACGUAGUCGGCCUAACGUGUUCACAAUGUGAGUCUUUCAGACCGAAACAAACUAAAAACAACUCUCCACCCAAUAAUUGUGUUUCAGGGACCGCUUUAUUUUGUAUUGAUCUUUUGCUUGCUGUUUGCAAAGCGUGGAGGUGGAAGGACUUAAGCCCUGGCGAUUAUCUCAGACGGAUUGGACCUUGUCAGUUUUCAGAAAAGCAUACAAACUCACAAAUUUGUUUAAACCCCUAUCACUGGAGUCGAGUACUUAUUCAAGAUAAAAUUAAUGAGGAAAAUAGUUGCUCAAGAUAUUCUUCAGAUCCAGAUAUUGUUUGUCUGGGAUUGAAACAUAAUCAUCCAAAUUGUAGUAAUCAUGAAUCUCAUCUUAAGGGAUUGAAUACGGAUUCAGAAUAUCCUAAGGAUAUGAUGCCAUUAUUACUACCACCGUCUGUAUUAUCUUCGUCGUCAUCAUCUUCCUCAUCGUCAACAGAAUCGACAUCUGCAGAAACACAAAUCUCAUUAAUUCGGAUGGAUCAGUCAUGUGAUUCAGUUAUAUCAUAUGAUCCAAUUAUAAAUAAUUCUUCAGCUCCGUUGCUUGCCAAUCAUGAUACCUAUGCAAAAACAAAACUGACUUACUGUUCACCUCAGUUUCUUCAUAAAAUACAACAAAAAUUGCACAUGAAUUUAGUAAGUCCAGUUUCAUCUUUAACCAAAUGGAAGAAAUUAAGAAACAAUAGAAAUUUUAAAUUAUCUACUUACUUGGUUCCAUCCACAGAUUUCAAUCAUACAACACUGCUUUCACCAACAACAACAGCAACUACUUCCACAUCUGUAAGUAGUUCUGAUGAUGAAAUGCAUAGUUGUAGUUUCAUCUUAUCUUCUAACAACCCUAAAAAUGAUAACCCUUUACAAAAUUCUAAUCUACAUUUUAACCAAUUUAUUUCUAUCAGCGAUCAUUCUGUUACAAUAAAUAAUGAGAAAUCUUAUCUACAUAGUCGUCUUUCUUCUCCCUCUCCUCUACACCAUCUUAAACCAUGGGCAAAUAUUUCCUAUUGGGAAUCACAUCAUCAUGUUGGACGUAGAUGGUAUCAAAUUACAAAUCGUAAAUUAAAUAUUGUCUACAAUGAUGUUAAUAUAAUUGAUGAUGACCAUAAUAAUAGUGAUGUAAAGGACAAGCUGUAUUCAUCUCCGAAACAAGCAUAUAUACAUAAGGAAAAUCAUUCAAAUUAUAGAAGUAAACCUCAAAGUGAUUAUAUAUAUUUAUCUUUACUAACUUUAUAUCAAUCAAAUCAUGUAAAAUAUAAUUGUAAAUCAAAUUGUAAUAGAAGUUUUAAUGAACUCAAGAAUUAUUCGACCACUCCCUAUAUCGCUUGUCAUACGAAUAGGAUUAUUGGUAAUAACAGUAGUAUCAUCAGAUCAUCUUCAAAACAAUGCAAAAAGUGUUAUAAUUAUGUGGAUUCAUUCAACAAUGCAUCUCUAAUACCAAAUUUAAUUGUUCAUUCAUCAAUGUAUAAAUCAUCUUCUGGUUGGAGACAAUGUUGUCGUCUAGGCAGCCAGGGAAUUUCGCUUACACUUACCACUUAUGGUUGUGUAUGGUUAAGUAAUCAAGCGAUGGCUACAAACUUACCUAUAUUUGUAUCAUCACCUUGUUUGCAGUUUCAUAAUGCUAAUUCUUCUUCCUCUUCUUCUUCAUCGCUUAAUAGUAGUACUGAAGACUUUCUUGUCGAUAGACCCGUAUAUCGUGUACCAGCCGGUUAUUCUCUAUUAGUUUUCGACCUUUCAUGUUAUGAAAACUGGUUGCAACAACAGUCUUCUUCAUCAUCUUCAGCGUCAUCAUCAUCUUGUCGUCAGUAUCCCGGUAACAACCAUAAUGGCGACAGCAGUAAUUUAAGUGGUAAUAACAAUAAUAGUAAUAAUGUAGAUUUUAACGAGUUGCACAAAACUCAUUUGUGGGCAAAAGAAAACAAUCUAUGCAAAAAUCCGAUUAUACAUAUAAGUUUAGGUAAAGGUUGGGGACCAUCAUAUCGUCGACCAGAUGUUACACAUUGUCCAGCACGUUUAGAGGUGUGGAUUAAUUUAGAACAUCUGUUUCCUUUAUUCAUUUCAAACAAAUAAGAAAUUGUAAAAAUAAUUUAUUUUUCCGAUAUCAUUUUCAUUAUCUCUAUCCUCUCUUUUUCACUUAUUUUUCUUGUUAUUAUUGUGAUUUAAUUAAAAAAAUAUGUAUAUACAGAACAUGUGUAAAUAGUGAGGAACUGUUAUAUACCGCUUAACUAUUAGCAUUUUGUUCGUUAUUAGUUUCUAUGCUACUCGAUUAAUACUAAUUAUUAUGAGUAAAAUGUAGUAUUCAAUAAUUGCAGAAAUGUUUUCAAAGUAUCUAUACUGUGAUAUAUGUAUGUCUUUAUUCUCUUCAUUUUAUCUGAUAUAGUAAGAAUGAUUACGUUAACAUUUGUGAAUGUGUACUUUUUUAUGUGAUGAUCUCAUGUAUAUUCUUUGCAUAUUUAUGCAUUUUAUGAAGUGAUUAGUUUUUAUAAAAUUUCUGACCAGUAAAAGUGUUUCUUUUUUUUCAAUUAUUGGGAAAUUUCGGACGUAUUUGAGAAGUGGUCAAUGUAAAGGUUUACUAUUUUAAUAUGUAAAAUUGUGUAAUUCACUUACAACUUAUUUUUGUGUGUUUUACUUCGACCACUAUCGUAAAAUUAUGAAUUUAUGAACUGUUGAGGCUGAUGAUGAAAAUAUUGAAGACCUAUGUUUUUGUAUUUUUAUACUUCUAAUUAGGUUGUAUGACUUGUUUUUUAGGUGCAUUUUUGACUCAUCUUCAUUUCCAACCCAUAAAAAUACUGUCUUAUUCAGUGGAUAGAUCCUACAUAGUGGUAUCCGUAGUUUCCUGAAACUACAUACUGUAUUACAUAAUCAAACUAUUAUCACCAAACAUUGUGUAUUCUUG